GCACCCACACGCCGCCAAACUCCCACACCGCCCCGUCCCCUGAGUUUCAUCGCUUUAACGAGAGUGCCAGAUUUUCCCCUCCCGGACUAUCCCCAGUCUGUGGGGGUUGCCCCAUGGCCUUUAGGGAGGGCUAUAAAGGCCAGAGCAGUCCAAGUCCUCAGCACUCUCCACAGCCUGUCCACAUACAGCCAGCAGCUCCUCACCUGAGACUCCAAGCUAACGGCUCCUCACCGGCUCCUCACCUGCGUCGCCAUGUCCGCCUCUCGCCUCACCCUGCUGUCUGCGGCUGUGCUGCUGCUCGUCUGCGCUACCACCCUCACUGAAGGGCUGCGAAUGGCCAGUAAGCCCAGGAAGUGCUGUUUUGACUUUGCGGAGCGCCAAUUUCCCCUGAAACGGCUGCAGAGCUACAAAAUAACCAGCCAGCUGUGCUCCAACCAAGCAGUGAUGUUCAAGACUCACGCAGGUAAAAUGGUGUGUGCCAGACCCUCUCAGGACUGGGUGAAGGACUACAUGCAGUAUUUUGACAAGAAGAACGCUGGAAAACCGGCACAGCUGUAACCGUGGCAAUAUCUACUCUUCUGCCCCCCCCACCCCCCCAAGACACCCCACUGCAAGCACCCAGUAGGCCUUCUCUUGGAAACCACGGAAACGUGGCACAAUCUUUCUCCUGAGCCAAGGUGCUGCCACACCACUGUGUUGACACUGGUUCUCACAGAACACUGAAGCUAUAACCAUGAUUCUACGAUUGUGAGCUACGCUGCCUUGUAAACACCAAGUACAUAUGCCAAUUGCUCUGCGCUUCUGCCAGCGUUUAUGACUUCCUCUUUCACUGGAAUUGGCUCAAGUCUGCGGACACGAGGUCUGGGGAAGUCCAGGCACGUUGUCGCUCUCCAUUGACCUCGUCUGUUGACCUCGCACAGCUGUAUCAGCCUCAUAUGCUCUCCCCUCCCAGUCCACCUUACUGGGCCAGUGUUACGUCAGAUAUGUACAAGUUGAAAGCUGUAAAAUGAUGAUAGAAAUAUCAUAUUCGUAUAUAAAAAGGCUUUGAUAUAAGGUUAGUUCACGCUGAAGAUUUUUAAAAAAAACACACCGACGUGUUUCGGCCAAAAUUUCUUCAUCAGAAAGUCAGGGAGAUCUUCUUGGCCAAAACAUGUUGGUGUGUUUUUAAUGUUUAGUAUGACCUAGCCCUAUAGUAAAGGAUUUUUAUAAAGAGCACCCUGGAAUUUUGUGUCUAUAUUUAUUGCCUUGGGUCUGCUUCUCAUGGUUUUUCCAAAGAGCACCUUUACUCAUUAAACUUUCUUUAGACGCUUACCAAAUGCCACAGGCUUCUGCACUGUUGUUGAUUCUGUACAAUUAUUGUUGAAAAAUCAAAUAACCCUGGCUAACUAAUGACUAAUUUCACUCGCUCACUCUCUUGCAAACACUGAUCUUUCAAUUUGACAGCUCUGUGCACAUUGUGAAAAUUUCCAGUAAGUCUGAAACUAAUCAUUAUGACUAAUUUAACGAGUAUCCGUUCUCUGAAACACACACAACUUUGAGAAUGCAUGUGUAUGUUAAUUUAAUUUUUGUGUGGGUUUGACUACUACUGGUUUUGUUGGUGAUAUUAUUUUGUUUGCCCUGAGUAGGGAAUGGCAGGCCUUUUAUGGGUGCCAGGUGAAUGUAUUGAACACAACGUCAAUGUCAAAAUAAAUGUGCUUCAGUCA